ACAUCCCGCUGUUCGCGCGUCAGUUCCGAGAGGUGAGCGCGGGCGGCGACGGCGACCGGCCCGCCGACAAGACGUCCUACGCCGCCAUACAGCGCCACCACUCCGACGACGUGGCGUCGCAGGUGAACUAUCUGAGGCCGUCGGAUUACCGCCGAAUGUCCAAUAUAGCGCGAGGGGAAAAUGCUGAAAGAAGAAUAAAAAACAUGCAGUCCGAUUCGUCAACCGACAUUGAAGUACGAGCGACACCGAAAAUCUCGUCCUCUAUAGAGGAAGCGGUUAUAGCUGAAAAACCGACGACAACCGCCGAGGAAAUAACACAGGACAUUAAAAACUUAAUCGCUUCUGUGUCAUGGACCAUAGAGCACAUAGAAGGAGAGAUCCACCUCCCGAUGCCGAACAUUCCUCAACUGGCCGAUGAGACGAUCAGUGAGGAAGUACUGAUGAGUGAAGAGUUCAUCAAACAACUGGAGGAGGCCGUCAGGAUGUGGGAGCAACACAUCGAUGCCACGAUCACGGCUUGUCUUGGAAAGACUCGCGACGGGCUGGGCCCGGUGGCUGAAUACAAGUACUGGCGCGAAAGAAACGCUGAAAUAUCGCUACUGGUCGAACAACUAAAGCAGCCAAUGGUGGUGCAGAUAUUGACUCUGCUGGAAAAGGUGCAGUCUACUUGGCUACAGGGUUUUGAACACUACCGGGAACGACUGUUGGAGCACUACAAUUUAGCGAGAGACAACCUCAAGUUCCUGUCUACACUCAUGCGAUUCUUUACGGUGAUCGAAGACGACUCGCCGCUCUCGCAAGUGCUCGAGAUGCUGCCGGAGCUGAUGGAGAGCGUGCGCAUGGUGUGGGUGCUGUCGCGCGGGUACCGCUCGGACGAGGCCAUGGCGCCGCUGCUGGCGCGCGCGGCCUGGGCGCUGGCCGACAAGCUCGAGCGGUUUCUCGACCCGCAUACGUUGUUUGACAAACCCAACGAAGAAGUGCUAGCCCUAUCGCGCGACGGAGCCGAGAUCAUGGAGAAGUGGCACGCCCUAUACCGCGAGACACGACACGAGAUCGAGGUGUGCGGCAAGGGCGCGCGCUGGGAGUUCGACCAGCCACUGCUGUUCACCAGGACGGACUAUAUUGGGACUGUUGCGAGGGACUUGGAGAAAGUCGUGCAGGUCCUUAUAGAUUUCGAGCGUGUAUUCGGUCUAGAGCUGAAGUCAAUAAUUAGCGACCCGACUCAAAUAGACGACGUUCGCAAACGUGUGAAGAACCUCGUCUACCCGAUACGGACCAUCGACUUUAGCGUCUUUGUAUACGAUAAUAAGGAGAAUUGGGAUGUCAUUAUGAAUGAUUUCUGGACGGAGGUGAGGUAUCUGGAGGACGAAGCGAAGAACUACAUCAAUCAGAGUUUCGGAAAUUUAAGAUCUUCGGAAGAGGCUCUGGACGUGCUGCUCAAGUUCCUGGACAUGCGCCUGCGCGCGUCCAUCCACGAGCAGCUGUCCACCAAGUUCGACCUCGUCAUGAGGCAGUUCAUCAAGGAGAUCAACGCUAUAGAGGACCAGUUCACUCGCUUUCGCAAGAACCCGCCAUUGCUCCGCAACCACCCUCCUGUGGCUGGCACUAUCUAUUGGGCGAGGGCACUCUUCAAUAGAAUGAAGAUGCCUAUCAUGAAGUUCCAAAAGGUGCCGGAGCUGAACGAUUGCGAGCAGAAGAAAGAGGCGUUCCUUCAGUACAAGAGGAUCUCUAAAGUGAUGAAGGAGUACGAGGACUCCAAGUACAAGGUGUGGGUGGACGGCGCCUCGCUGCUAGUGGACAGCAUGAUGAAGAAGAACGUCUUGCAUGUGCAGUUCACUACACCGCCGGAGCCGUCGCCGGCCGGCCGGCCCGGCAUGCAGCUGACCGGCGCGGGCGCAGCUCUCGUCAAGAAGAGACUGUCGCAGACGUCACUACACCCCGCUGACAUCGUGCAGAGAGAGAUUGCUGACAAACGGAAGAGGGAUAAAGCUUUAAUGAUGAUGCGCAUCCCCGGCCAACACUAUGAGAACGUGCGGUCACCAAGCUCCGUUUCUUUACUUGCUAAAGAGGGACUGCUGGACGUGACCUGGCGCGACCUGACGGUGAACAAGCUGGUGCAGGAGUACGAGCUCGAGUUUCAGCCGAACUACGAGAAACUCAUCUUUCAGGUCAUCUAUGAAGCUGAACUACUGGAGCAACUUGGUUUCGACCUCCCAUCAAACAUACGCAACGUGGCAAUGCAGAAAGACCGAAUCUACUACGAGUUGGAGUCUCUGACUGAAGUUAUCGCUCGGUACAACAAGAUAGCCUCGUCGCUGAGCCAAUCAGAGACGACUCUGAUGAAGAAACAUCUGUUGGAGAUGGAGAGACAUAUACUGCCGGGGCUGACCAGGAUACCGUGGACGGCUUUGGGUAUUAAGGACUAUAUUAAGGACAUUAAUAAAGGCGUGAACUCUCUAGAAGCAGUUUACCAGCAGCUCAAGAUGGUGGAGAAAGACAUCCGGUUCCUCGUGGACCAGAUCGAGCGGUUCGACCUGUACCCGGUGGUGAAACCUCAAGACUAUGUGGACCCUGACACAGGGGAGCCUGAUGAUACGUGGCUGUAUCCUUGUAAGACAUACUUCGCGGAGCUGGCCGCCGAGCGUCUCUCCCGCUCCGCCCUGCUCGCGCGCAUGUACUCCAGCAUCCUGGCGACCCUGCUGAAGCUGGAGCACCUGAUGCUGGGCGGCAGCAGCGGCCGCGCGCCCGGCAUGGCCGCCUACUACUCGCACGAGGAGACCACGCUAUUCCACGCACUCAUUAGAUUCACGCUAGAGAACCUGCAGCAGUUCCAGGCUCAGCUGGGCGGGGCCGCCGCUCUGUUCCAGGUGGACGCGACCCUCGCGCCGCCCGACGUGGCCGCGCGCCCCGCCGCGCGCGAGCUGUGCAAUAUUGUGACGCAUGAUGUCAAGCACUUCCUCAAUAGACUAACAGUGUUCCCUCGCUGGAUGAAGGGCACGUGCCUGGCCUGCCCGCCGCAGCGCAUCUCCGAGGCCACCGGCAACGAAUACUUCACGUUCUCAUACUUCGAGGACGUACUCCGGGUCAUGGCCAUCAACGACAUCACCGUGCUCAUCCAAGACACGAUAUACCGCUUGACGCAAGACAUCAAUACUUAUGUGCAGAAAUGGCAAAAGUACCAACACCUCUGGGCCUACGACAAGAAUCUCUCAUGCGAGAAGUACGUUCAGAAAUACGACCAGAUCACCAAAUAUGACGAGAAAUUCUUCUUCUUCGAGGAUAUUAUUGAGGAUUUGAACGAACACGUUAAGUUUGUGGAUAUUGGCGCCGUGAGAGUGAAUUUGCGGGAAAUUAUCAAGCAGAUUCAGGGGCAUGCCAUGGAAUGGAAGACCAUCUUGGGAGAGUGCAUCGUGAACAAGACUAGAGCUAGCAUGCAGGAACUGAGGAAUGAGAUUGAUAGUCUCCGUCACGACAUGAACAUCAACAUCAAGGGGCUGGAGGACUUCAAGCUGGUGAUGGCCACCAUCGCGCUGGUGCAGCGGGCCACGGUGGCGGCCGAGGUGCGCUACCGCCACAUGCAGGAGGUGUUCAACAUGCUGCGGCACCAUGGGAUAGAGGUAUCAGACGAAGACAUCGAGUUCGCGAACAGCCUAGAAGCGGCUUGGGGCAAAAUCUACCAGACGUCCCUAUUCCGAGGCAGGACACUGGAACAAACGAAGGAUAAGUUCUCCAAACUGAACGUGAUAGAGAUAGCGGAUUUCUUGCGGGAGAUCGACGAGUUUGUGGAGCGCUUCGACUCGGCCGGCCCGGGCACCGUCGGCGAGGAUAUGGACCGCGGCUUGCUGCUUAUGGAGGAAUACCUGAAACAAUUCGACGAGAUCGAAGCCCGUAAGAAAGUCCUUCAGGCGGCGGAACAGCUGUUCGACAACCCUCUAGCAGACUUCUCCACGUUCAACCGAGCCAAGAGUGACUUCCUAGCCAUGGACCAGGUUUACAAGAUCUACAAGGCCCAAAGAAACGCUAGGGAGGUGUGGGCCAGGACACUCUGGGUGAACCUCAACCCGCAAGCGCUGGUCGACGGCAUCGAACAGUUCUUCAAAGAGUUCAGGAAGCUACCGAAGGUGAUUCGCCAGACGCCAACCGGCGUGAUGCUGGACAUGAAACUGAAGCAGUUCAAGAGCGUGGUGCCGCUGAUGGUCUCUCUGAAGAACGAGGCCAUGAGGGAGAGGCAUUGGAAGAUAUUGAUGGAAAAAACUGGUAAGGAAUUCGACAUGUCAGCCGAGCGCUUCACGUUGGAGAACAUGUUCUCUAUGGAACUACACAAGUACCAGGAUGUAGCUGAAGAAAUCGUCAACCACGCCAUCAAGGAGCUAGCCAUAGAGCGCGGGGUGAAGGACAUCCAAGACACGUGGGCGGCUAUUAACUUCACGGUCGCCGUGCACAGCCGCAAGGGCAGCGACCGCGGGUUCACGCUGGCGCCCUGUGACGACAUCAUGACCAAGCUCGACGACGACUGCAUGUCGCUGCAGAGCAUGGCUGCUUCGCAAUUCAUAGGCCCGUUCUUCCCAGUCGUACAGAAGUGGGAACAGACCCUCUCGCUCAUAUCUGAAGUGAUCGAGGAGUGGUUGUCUACGCAGCGCAAGUGGCUGUAUCUGGAGGGGAUAUUCGUGGGAAGCGAUAUUAGGACGCAACUGCCUGACGCGGCUAAGAAGUUUGACGAUAUCGAUCGCUCGUUUAGAAAGAUAAUGGCGGACACGGCCAAACGGCUGAACGUGGUUGACUGUUGCACGAUACCUGGCAGACUGGAUGAAUUCAUACAUUUAGGGAUUGGACUUCAAAAAUGCCAGAAGUCCCUGAACGACUACCUGGACACGAAGCGCCGCGUGUUCCCGCGCUUCUUCUUCAUCUCGACGGACGAGCUGCUGUCCAUCCUCGGGAGUAGCGAGUGUAGCUGCGUGCAGGACCACAUGAUCAAGAUGUUUGACAACAUCAAAGCUUUGGACCUCUACGUGGAUCACAAUAAUCGUCCAGUUGCAGCCAAGAUGAUAUCAGCUGAAGGAGAGGUGAUGGAAUUCCGUAACGUAGUAUACACGGAGGGCCGAGUGGAGGACUGGAUGAAUCUGGUGCUCAUAGAGAUGAGGAACACCAACAGGUUUAUAACAAAGAAAGCCAUAUUUUAUUACGGCAGGAAUUGGAAGGUUCCAAGAACGGAGUGGAUCCUGGAAUACCAAGGCAUGGUGUGCCUUGCGGCCAACGGCGUGUGGUGGACAGCCGAGACGGAGGAGGCGCUCUCGCGAAGCAGCGCCGGGGACGCGCGCGCCGUCAAGACACAUCUGCAAAACCUUAAUGAGCAGUUAGAUGCGCUGGUCGUCAAAGUCAGACAAGAGCUAUCAGCAAACGACCGGCUCAAGUUCCGCACAAUAACCACCAUCGACGUGCACGCGCGCGACAUCAUCGAGGAGUUCGUGCGCGACAACGUGACGGACGCGGCGCAGUUCCCGUGGGAGAGCCAGCUGCGGUUCUACUGGCUCAAGAGCAGAGACGGACUGUGGGUUAAGCAGUGCACUGGUAUAUUCGAAUAUGGCUACGAGUACAUGGGUCUGAACGGGCGGCUGGUCAUAACUCCACUGACGGACCGCAUCUACCUCACGCUGACGCAAGCUCUGACCAUGCAACUUGGAGGGGCACCGGCAGGCCCAGCCGGCACGGGAAAAACCGAGACCGUGAAAGACCUGGCCAAAGCCUUAGGCCUGCUCUGCAUAGUGACCAACUGCGGGGAGGGCAUAGACCAGGUGGCGGUGGGGCGCAACCUGGGCGGGCUGUGCCAGUGCGGCGCGUGGGGCUGCUUCGACGAGUUCAACCGCAUCCACGUGUCCGCGCUGUCCGUCGUGUCCGCGCAGCUGCAGUGCAUCCGCCACGCGCUGCUGGCCAAGCGCACUGUGUUCACUUUCGAAGGUCAAGAGAUAGUGCUGGACAACAAGGUGGGCAUCUUCAUCACCAUGAACCCGGGCUACGCGGGCCGCACCGAGCUGCCAGAGUCGGUGAAGGCGCUGUUCCGGCCCGCGGUGUGCAUCAUGCCCGACCUGCGGCAGAUCUGCGUCAUCAGCCUGUUCUCCGACGGCUUCCUCACCGCCAAGGUCCUAGCCAAAAAGAUGACAGUUCUCUACUCCUUCGCGAAACAACAGCUGUCGCAGCAGUCGCACUACGACUGGGGGCUGCGCGCGCUCACCGCCGUGCUGCGCGCGGCCGGCCGGCUGCGGCGCGAGGGCAGCGGCGAGGAGGCCGAGCUGCUCAUGAGGGCUCUUAGGGACAUGAACCACCCGAAGUUCGUGUACGAAGACGUCCCGCUAUUCCUGGGUCUGCUCAAGGACUUAUUCCCCGGCCUGGAGUGCCCUCGCGUGGGGUACCCCGACUUCAACGCGGCCGUCGCAGAUGUGCUCACUAACGAUGGGUAUAUCUUGUUGGAUCAUCAGAUAGACAAGGUGGUCCAGCUAUACGAGACGAUGAUGAGCCGGCACUGCACCAUGCUGGUGGGCCCGACGGGCGGCGGCAAGACCCUGGUGCUUACCACGCUGGUGAAGGCACAGUCGAACCUGGGACUGCCGACCAAACUCACCGUUGUUAACCCUAAAGCAUGUUCUGUGAUAGAACUCUACGGUGUUUUGGACCCUGUCACUCGUGACUGGACGGAUGGAUUAUAUUCUAAGAUAUUCAGAGAAAUGAACAGACCAGCAGAACCAAACGAGCGUCGCUACCACCUAUUCGACGGUGACGUGGACGCCCUCUGGAUUGAAAACAUGAACUCAGUAAUGGACGACAACAAGCUCCUCACGCUAGCCAAUGGCGAGAGAAUACGCCUAGCGUCAUAUUGCGCGCUGCUGUUCGAAGUGGGAGACUUGGACUACGCGUCUCCGGCCACGGUUUCCCGGGCGGGGAUGGUGUAUGUGGACCCUAAGGAUUUGGGUUAUAUGCCGUAUUGGGAGCGAUGGCUGCGUGGUCGCACAAAUGAAGAAGAACGGGAGCAGCUUCAAAGACUGUUCGAGCAUUACGUCCCGGGAGCCAUCAACUACAUCCUGUUGGGACUGUUUGGUCUCCAGCAGCAGACCCCGCUGAAGACUAUCGUUCCACAGACCCCACUUAAUUUGGUGGUGCAACUAUGCUACAUGAUCAGUGGCCUGCUACCGAACAGAGACGACACUAAUGAGGAAAUAGACCCGUCGGUUGUUGAGUGCGUCUUUAUGGUGUCAAUGUACAACAGCCUGGGCGCUGCAAUAGUGGACGACGGCCGCCUCGACUUCGACCAGUACAUCAAGAAGGCGUGCCCGAUGCUGCUCGUAGAUGAUAGUCCUGAAAAGAAAGCUACUACACGCCACUUCCCGAUGACAUUCCCGACGCUCUACGACUACUGUCUGGAGUUAGAGGAUAAAACCUGGGCGGCCUGGGAUUGGCUGGUGCCUGAGUACGUGCACGACCGCGACCUGCCGUUCCCUGCCACCCUGGUGCCCACCGUCGACACCCUGCGGGUCACCUGGCUGUUGGCCAUCAUGGAGACGGUGGAAAGGCCCGUGCUCCUAGUGGGUGAUACGGGCAGUUCGAAGACCGCCAUCAUUACGAACUAUCUGCGUGGAUUACCCGCCGAUCGAUACCUAGUGCAGCAGAUGAACUUCUCGUCCCGGACGUCCUCGCUGGACGUGCAGCGCACCCUGGAGUCGGUGGUGGAGAAGCGAACUAAAGACGUGUACGGACCGCCAGUAGGGAAGAAGAUGAUGGUGUUCAUUGAUGAUAUGAAUAUGCCUAUUGUGGACACAUACGGCACUCAGCAGCCCAUAGCCUUGCUGAAGCUUCUGUUUGAGCGGAAAGGCUUCUACGACAGAGGGAAAGACCUCAACUGGAAGAACAUCAAAGAUAUGGGCUUCCUGGCCGCCAUGGGCAAGGCUGGUGGCGGAAGGAAUGACGUGGACCCGCGUUUCAUCUCGAUGUUCUCGACGUUCAACCUGCAGUUCCCGAGCGAGAGUACACUCAGCCACAUUUACACGUGCAUCCUGCGCGGACACUUCUCCAUCUUCACUGAGGAGGUCCAGGAGAUCGUUGAUAAGCUGGUGCAGAUGACACUGGACUUGUAUAAGAUCCUAAUAGCGGAACUGCCCCCGACCCCGGCCAAGUUCCACUACAUCUUCAACCUGCGCGACUUAUCCCGCAUCGCUCACGGACUGACCCUGACCUGUCCCAGCCUGUUCACGGAGGUCCGCGCCGUGGUGCGCUGCUGGCGGAACGAGUUCACGCGGGUCGUGUGUGAUCGGCUCAUUAGUGAUGCGGACCAUGAGCUGAUGUCCGCACACGUGUACACGCUCGUGACGCAAUACUUCCCGGAGCAGGAGCCCGUCGUGCUGGCCGAGACUGUGCUGCCCGAGGAUUACUUGGACGGAGAGGAAGAGGGCGCAGAGGGCGAGACGGUGAAGGGUUCCGAGCCAGAGCUGCUGGAGGACCUGGACGUGGGCGGCGAGGAGGAGGGGGAGGAGGAGAGGAUAGUCACGCUAGAGGAGUACGUAUUCCGAGAUCCUCUGUUGUUCGGCGACUACCGGAACGCUCUCGACGAGGAAGAGACGCGGUACUAUGAGGACUUGCUCGACUAUGAAGCCGUGUACUUCCUGUUUCAAGAGAUACUGGACGAGUACAUCGAGCGCCUUGGCAAGAAGAUCUCUAUAGUGCUGUUCGAGGACUGCCUGGAGCACCUGACGCGCGCCACGCGGCUGCUGCGCAUGCGCCGCGCGCACGCCAUGCUCGUCGGCGUCGGCGGCGGCGGCAAGAAGAGCAUAGCCAGGCUCGCUGCCUUCGCUGCAGGUUGCGAGAUGUUCGAGAUAGUGGUGACCCGCAACUACAGCGAGAACUCGUUCAGGGAGGACCUGAAGCGGCUGUACUACCAGCUCGGGCUCGAGGACAAGAAGACCUGUUUCCUCUUCACCGCCUCACAGAUCUUAGAAGAAAGCUUCCUGGAGUACAUCAACAGCAUCCUGCUGGUGGGCAUCCCGCCCGCCCUGUUCAGCGACGAGGAGCGCGACGCGGUGGUGGGCGGCGCGCGCGCGCAGUGCGUGCAGGCGGGCCUGGGGCAGAGCAAGGAUGCAGUGUGGCAGUAUUUCGUGAACAAAUGCUGCGACAACCUCCACGUUGUCUUGACGAUGUCUCCAAGCGGCGAUGUUCUACGAAACAGGUGUCGCAGUUUCCCCGGUCUCGUGAACAAUACCACCAUUGACUGGAUGUUCCCGUGGCCCAAGCAAGCUCUUUUAGCUGUGGCCAACGUUUUUCUAGCUAAUGUGGACAAGAUCCCGGACGAGUUCCGUCCAAUAAUCGUCGAACACGUGGUCCACGUGCACCUCUCUGUGUCACAAUACACGGAGCAGUUCCUGCUGCGUCUGCGCCGGCGCAACUACGUCACGCCCACGCACUACAUGGAUUAUUUGACGAACUACGUGGCGCUGCUGAAUGAGAAGGACGCGUAUAUUGUCGCUAUGUGUGAACGUUUGAAAGGCGGUUUAUCGAAGAUUGCGGAGGCCAAUAUCCAGUUGGAAGAUUUGAACGCAAAAUUGGCCGAGCAAAAAGUAAUAGUAGAAGAACAAACAAAAGAGUGCGAACUGCUUCUAAAAGAAAUAUCCACAGCGACGGACGCGGCAGUGAGCAAGCAGCAAGUAGCGGCAGUGAAGCAGGUGGAGAUCACGGCUCAGAGCGCGGAGAUCGGCGUGGAGAAGGCAUCAGCCGAGGAGACGCUGGCGGCGGCCAUGCCCGCGCUGGAGGCGGCACGACUGGCCCUGGCUGACCUAGAGAAGGCCGAUAUUACCGAGAUACGGUCCUUUGCGAGCCCGCCAGAGGCUGUCCAGGUGGUGUGCGAGUGCGUGGCCAUCCUCCGCGGCGUGAAGGACAUCAGCUGGAAGGGCGCCAAGGGCAUCAUGGCGGACCCCAACUUCCUGCGCACCCUGCAGGAGAUGAACUGCGACCUCAUCACGCAGAAACAAGUGAAGGAUGUGAAGGCCCACAUGAAGAAGAGCAAGAAGUUGGACACUAUGCAGCAGAUUAGUAAGGCUGGUUACGGCCUCCUAAAGUUCGUGCAAGCCGUGCUAGGCUACUGCGCCGUAUACCGCGAAGUGAAGCCGAAGAAAGAAAGAGUAGAACAACUAGAAAAGGAAUACCAAGAGGCUGUCAACUACCUCAACACGUUGAACCGAGAGAUCGCUAGACUGCAGAAAACUCUUGACAAACUGAACGAGAAGUAUAACACGGCCAUGUUACGGAGGCAGGAGUUGCAGGAGGAAACGGAUAUAAUGAUGCGGCGUUUGAUUGCGGCGGAUAAACUCAUGAGCGGGCUGGCUAGCGAGCAGAAGCGAUGGACUGAGGAGUUGGAAGCAUUCUACGUGGAGCAAUCCCGCCUGAUCGGCAACUGUCUGCUAGCGGCUUCCUUCCUCAGCUACGCGGGGCCAUUCUCCUUCUCCUUCCGACAGACGAUGAUCUACGAGGACUGGUUAGGGGAUAUACUGGAGAGAGGGAUACCGCUGACGGAGCCGUAUACGUUAGAGAAGAAUCUCACCAAUGAGGUUGAGAUUAGCAAUUGGAACUCGCAAGGCCUGCCUCCGGACGAGCUGUCGGUGCAGAACGGGGUGCUGACGGCGCGCGCGGCGCGGUGCCCGCUGUGCGUGGACCCGCAGACGCAGGCGCUCGCCUGGAUCAAGCGCCGGGAGGCCAAGAACAACCUCAAGGUUCUCUCAUUCAACGAGCCGUCGUUCGUGCGGCAGCUGGAGAUGGCGCUGAAGUACGGGCUGCCCGUGCUGUUCCAGGAUGUGGGCGAGUACAUCGACCCCGUCAUCGAUAAUGUGCUGGAAAAGAACGUUAAAACGGAGGCCGGGCGUACAUUCGUGAUGCUGGGCAGCUUGGAAGUGGACUACGACCCCAACUUCCGCAUGUACCUCACCACCAAGCUCGCCAACCCGCAGCUCAACCCCGCCACGUAUGCCAAGGCUCUCGUGAUCAAUUAUACCGUUACUGUGCAGGGUCUAGAAGACCAGCUGCUCAGCGUGGUGGUCCGGCACGAGCGGUCCGACCUCGAGGAGCAGCGCGAGUCGCUCAUCGUUGAGACAUCCGCGAACACGGCGCUGCUGAGAGCCCUCGAGGAGUCUCUACUGCGCGAGCUGGCGGCUUGCACGGGCAACAUGCUGGAUAAUGUCGACUUGGUUGAUACUUUGGAGAAUACUAAGACUAAAGCUGCUGAGGUAAUAGAGAAGCUGGCAAUAGCGGCGGCCACCACGCGCGAGUUGGAGGGCCUCCGCGACGGCUACCGGCCGGUGGCGCGCCGCGGCGCCAUCCUGUUCUUCGUACUGUCCGACAUGGCGGGGGUUAACUCUAUGUACCAGUACUCGCUCACUUCGUAUCUUGAUGUGUUCACCUAUGCCCUACGUAAAGCGAUGCCGAACGUUAUUUUGAUGAGGCGACUGAGAAAUAUCAUAGAUAUGCUCACCAAGAAUGUUUAUGACUACGGAUGCACUGGUAUAUUCGAGCGCCACAAGCUGCUAUUCUCAUUCCAAAUGGCGAUCAAACUGGAGCAGAGUGAGGACCGGGUGUCGCAGGCGCAGCUAGACUUCUUCAUCAAGGGCAACGUGUCUCUGGAGAAGCCGACACAGGCCAACCCCUCCACUUGGAUAUCUACUCAAGGAUGGCAUGAUAUAAUGAAACUGAGCACCGAUUUCCAAGAGACCUUUGCCGCUCUGCCCGACCACAUCUCACGCAACAUGGAUGCUUGGCAAAAGUGGGCAGACAGUGAUACCCCAGAAUCGAGUACAAUACCGGAUGAGUAUUUAGACCGCAUGGAUCCAUUCGAGUUAUUGAUGUUGCUCCGCUGUUUCCGCGUGGACAGAAUAUACCGCGCGCUCACGCACUACAUCACCGUCACUAUGGGAGAGGAGUACAUCACUCCGCCUGUUGUCAGUUUCGACAUGAUAUUCGAGCAGUCGACCCCUUUCACCCCGGUGGUGUUGAUCCUGAGCGCGGGCUCGGACCCCACGGCCGAGGUGAUGGCGCUGGCGGCGCGCUGCGGCGUCGGCGGCGGCGCGCUGCAGUACCUGUCGCUGGGGCAGGGGCAGGAGAAGAUAGCGCUAAACCUGCUCGAAAGCGCAAUAACCCACGGGCAGUGGCUGAUCCUGCAGAACUGUCACCUGCUGGUGGAGUUCAUGGCCGAGGUGGAGAAGCAACUGGAGCUGAUGGAGAAGCCGCACCCCGAGUACCGGCUGUGGUUGACCACUGACCCUACGCCCACCUUCCCGAUUGGCGUGUUGCAGAGGUCGCUUAAAGUGGUAACAGAGCCACCUAACGGGCUGAAGCUGAACUUGCGCAACACGUACUUCAAGCUGCCGGCUCGCGCGCUGGACCAGUGCGCGCACCCCAUGUACAAGAAACUCGUCUAUGUACUGGCAUUCUUCCAUGCUGUUGUUCAGGAGCGCCGCAAGUACGGCAAGAUUGGCUGGAACAUUUCGUACGACUUCAGCGAGUCUGACUUCACGGUGUGCCUGCAGAUCCUGCAGACGUACCUGGACCGCUGCCACGAGGCGCGCGGGCCCAUACCGUGGGCCACGCUCCGGUUCCUCUUUGGAGAGGUGAUGUACGGCGGGCGGGUGAUCGACGACUUCGACCGGCGUGUGGUCCGCACCUACAUGGAAGAGUAUCUCGGAGACUUCCUACUGGACCGCUUCCAGCCGUUCAGCUUCUACCACGACCAGGCGACACGCUACGUCAUACCGCCCGACGCGGAGAGGGACGAAUAUAUCGAGUACAUAGAGCAGCUGCCGCUGGCGAACAGCCCGCGCGUGUUCGGGCUGCACGCCAACGCGGAGGUGGGCUACUCCAGCGGCGCCGCGCGCGCGCUGUGGGCGCGCCUCGUGCUGCUGCAGCCCGUCACUAGCGAAGCCCCCGGCGCGAUAUCGCGCGAGUCAAUGAUCGACGCCAUAGCCGGCGACAUCCUGGACCGCCUGCCGCCGCCCACGGACGUGCGGCGCGUGCGCAGGACCCACGAGAUGCACGUCACGCCCACGCUAGUCGUGCUACUGCAGGAGCUUGAGAGAUUCAACCGCCUAAUCGCCAAGAUGCACUCAACCCUGACCCUGCUACGCAAAGCCUUGGCGGGAGAGAUCGGCAUGGACUCUGCUCUAGACGACGUGGCGAGCAGUCUGUACAACGGACAGCUGCCGGCGAGUUGGCGCGCGCUCGCCCCCGAGACAUGCAAGGGACUGGGCUCGUGGAUGGACCACUUCAGUGAGCGGACCAAGCAGUAUACUGACUGGUCAGAAAUGGAAGAGCCCAUGGUGAUGUGGCUGGCCGGGCUGCACGUGCCGGGCUCGUACCUCUCCGCACGAGCCCAGGCCGCGAGCCGCGCGCACGCCUGGCCGCUGGACCGCGCCGCGCACAGCACCUCCAUUACUGACGCGAGGCACGCCGAUGAUAUUGAGGAGAGGGUCGCUACUGGUUGCUACGUACGCGGGCUGCACCUCGAGGGCGCGCGCUGGGACGCGGCGGCGCGCUGCCUGCGCCCCUCGCACCCCAAGGUGCUGGUCACCGAGCUGCCCAUCAUGCAUGUGCUGCCCGUCGAGGCGCACAAGCUCAAGUUGCAGAACACCCUCCACACACCGGUGUAUGUGACAUCCUCACGGCGCAACGCCAUGGGGCAGGGGCUGGUGUUCGAGGCGGACCUCGCCACCACCGAGCACUACAGCCACUGGGUGCUGCAGGCCGUCUGCCUCAUCAUGAACACCGAUGACUAACUAUACACUUGUGGCCUGAGAUGUAGAAUACAUUGUGGAGUAAUAUGUGCUAAUGUGAAACAGCUUAAUGUUAUGUUUAUGUAGAAUAGUUGUUAUUUCAUUUGCCAUGAUUUUAAUUUGUUGUUAAGUUACAGUAACACAAAGAGAUAGUGUGAUAUUUAAUUUAGAUUUUAAUUUAAUUAAGUUUAUAACAUAAUUAUGUACUGCUAGUCAUUGCAACAGAUAGCUUUAAAUGUUAAGAUUGAUAUACUCUCAAUUACUUAAUAAAAGACUGAUUAGAUUUGUAUUAA